GUAUUCGUGGCCGAGAGCUUCUUGAAUAUUUCAUGAAACACCGUUCUUCUGGUUUCUUGCAGGGAUUUGCGUACGCGUCUGUCUGUGUGUGUGUGUGUGUAUGUGUGUGUGUGCGCGUGCUGCGUGUGUGUAUUCUUACGUAGAAUCUCCCUCUUCGAUUCUUUGGCCGCCGCGCUGUUAGCCAAGCCGCCUGCAAUUGUUUUCGCAACUCAAGUGAGCUAUGUUGCUCCUUCCUUAGCAAUCAUUUUUCAUUGCGACGGGUUACUUUUAAUUUGUACACAGUAUAUCGUUUGUUGGAGUAGAAGUUAAUUACAUUCUCCAAGACUUAUUGAAACAUGAGUGAAAUAAAAUCGUGGACAAAUGAUGAAAUUUUGUCACUCAUUUCUUCUUUUGAGAAGUACCCGGAAUUAUGGGACACGAAGAAUGAUGAGAAUAAAAAUAAAAGCAGGAAAGAGGAGUGCUGGAAGGAACUUGGAGAACAAUUUUCUUGCACAGAUAAAGAAGUACACCGCAAAAUGCAUAAUUUGAAAACCCAGUUCUUCCAGGAAUGCCGUAGAGUGGAGAAGAAGAAAAAUGCAAGCGGGGCUAAUGCAACUAGUAAAUGGAAAUUCUAUUCGCAUCUGACAUUUCUUAUAGCAGGACUAAAGAAGGUUCCACCCGGGAAGAACAUGGUUAUAUACUCUGUGAACUCGGAAGAAACUUCUCAGUCAUCUUCCAAGAUUCCAAGCCCUCAGGAACCUGUUCGACCUGUAGAGAAGGAAGAAACUGUGGUGGUGCCGAUUACAAACCCUCAGUUAAAGAAACGGAAAAGUGAAGAUGAGGAUCAAGUAGUUAGAAGGACAUUGAGAGUUUUCGAAGAGCCGACCAAAGACAGAUUUUCAACGUUCGGAGAAUUUGUGGCUGCGGAAGUUCGGAACUUGAAGUCUCCUAGAAAUCAAAAUGGACUUAUGCGCGAGAUCCAAGAGAGCAUUAUUCAGUGGUCCCAGUUAGAUGAUAACAUGCAGUCUUCGUAGUGGAAGUAUGAACUUGAAAUUUGUGAUGAUAAAUUAAAAAAUGUAUAUUUUUGUUUUAUUGUCUUGAAUAUUUUUUUAUGGAAUAAACAUCAUAUUUAUUUAAAUUCACAUAACA